AUGUCUUCAUUCACAACAAUCCCACAAUUCACGCAACCAAUCUCAAAAACUUCCCCCAUUGGAAUUAUCGGUGCAGGCCCUGCCGGCAUAUCAAUAGCUUAUAAUUUACGAAAAGAAGGAUACAAAAACAUCACGAUCCUUGAAUCAUCAUCACACAUCGCAGGGAAAUCCGCUACCUUCUAUCAUGAAAAUAAAGGUUAUGAUGUAGGAGCAUUGAUGGUCGGCCAUAAUUACACGAAUAUAAAAGCUCUCGCCUCCGAACUUGAUUGCCCUCUUGAAACAUUUUGCGGCCGUGCACUCGAUAUCGAUAAUAAUACCUACUACGUAGAUAACACAGAUAAAAUUGGUAUCUACUCCAAACUGCUGCCUAACCUAAACCAUUACUUGGAAGAGAAACAAUCCUUUUUGGAUAUCUCUCGACCUGGUCAUGGUCAAUUAAGUGAAUGUGAACUAUACGCACCCAUCACCCAAUUCUUAAAGGACCGAGACAUGCCCUAUUUAAAGGACGCUUGGAGUUUGGCUUACACCAGUGCUGGAUACGGUUACGUUGAGGAUGAUAUUCCAGCAGCCUACUUCCUCAAAUUUAUUGAAAAUUCCGAAAAUACGAUUUCGUAUUUUAAAAACGGUUUCCAAGACUUUUGGUCAAAGAUGGCAGAGAAACUCAAUGUGAUAUGCAAUGCCAAAGUCAUAUCGGUUGAUCGUUCUCUCAAAAAUCAAAAUUUAGGACCAAUACUUGUCACAAUUCAAAAUUCCCUCCGGGACUUCUCCCAAACCCUCGCAUUCGACCACAUCAUCAUUGCCACGAACCCUCGUCAAACCGAACAAUUCCUUUUACCAACUCCGGUAGAAAAGGACCUCUUCUCAAAAAUCAUCACCUUCGAAUUUUAUACAAUCAUCGCCACAGUCAAGAAUCUACCAACAAAAGUGGGGAUGACAACCAUCCCAAAGUUUUGUUCGGAUAAACGUUAUGUUGGUCACAUCACUGCGUAUUACUGCGCUUAUGAUGGAGUUCCAACUUACAUCUUCUAUGCAUACGGAAAUAAAGAAAUCGGUCCUGAAAAGGUUACCGAAAUGGUCAAACAAGAUAUUAUAGAUAUGGGCGGAGACCUAGAGGAAAUACAUUAUAAUAAACGAUGGGAUUUCUUUCCUCAUGUUUCCUCACUAGAAAUGGCAAGAGGCUUUUACAGCAAGGUUGAGAACAUGCAAGGACAAAAUGGAACUUUCUAUGUCGGUGGCUGGUUAGACUUUGAGCUAACCGAGAAUUGUGUAUCCUAUUCACGUGAUUUGGUCAGGCGAUUCUUCAACCUUUCCAAUAAUCCAGAAAAAUCGGCACAUUUACCAAUCCAAUCGCAAAUUGAGAUAAAGCCUGCCUCCACGCUUAAUUGGGGUAUGGUGUUACGUUUAGCUGCCAAACGGUUCCCUAAUAAAAUCGCCUUCACCUGGGUCGAUGUUAACAUCCGGGAGGAGGCGACGAUCUCAUAUGCACAAUUAUACAAGCAGGCCCGAUCUGUGGCUCACUAUUUAAGGAAUAAAGCGGGACAUAAAGUUGGUGACCCAAUCUUACUAUGUUAUGCCCCCGGUCUUAAAUUCCUUCCGAUUUUAUUUGGUUGUAUGUUAGCAGGAAUAAUCGCUGUUCCAAUAGCCCCACCAAAUCUUGCAACGGCCGAAAAAGACAUUGCCAGGUUCAAAUAUUUAGCCCAAACUACUGGUGCAAAGUUAGUAUUUUCGGACCGAAAUUACAUGAAUUAUACCAGAUUGUACGCCGCUGGUAGUUUUAUUGGGAUCGGAAAAAAGGUCGACUGGCCUGAAGAUUUAACUUGGGUUGAAGGAGAAAGCAUCAUUUCAUCAUCGGAACUAUUUGAUGAAAAAUUAAUUGAAACAGUAGGAUGUGAAAACGUUGCCGUUUUACAAUUCUCUUCCGGAAGUACGGGGGAUCCAAAAGGUGUCAUGUUAACCCAUAAAAAUCUCUUACACAACGUGGACCUGAUGCAAAAUGAAAUCAACCUGGAUGAGGACAGUACGAUAGCCUUCUGGGUACCACAAUUUCAUGACCUUGGCCUGAUCGGGGGUUUCUUAAAUACGAUUCGGGGAGGAUGUCAGUCAGUCGUUAUGUCACCUUUAACAUUUUUACAAAAUCCUGCCAGCUGGCUUCAGAUGAUAACGAAUUAUCAAGCCACGUUUACUGCGGCCCCAAACUUUGCCUACGAAUUAGUGGCUCGAAAAUGUGAAGAUAAGAUUAUUGGAAAGUUGGACUUCACCUCAUUACGUGGUGCUUUUAAUGGUGCCGAACCUGUACGUUGGUCAACCUUGAAAUCCUUUGCCAAAAAAUUCGGACCCGCAGGAUUUAAACUUUCAACAUUCAAGUGCCUUUAUGGCUUAGCUGAACAUUGUGCUUACUCGGUAGGGUUCAGGAACAAACAUGAUAUUCCAACGGUUAUAGACAUCGAUCCCGAUUUACUUCGUGAAGGCCGGGUUAAAAUUCAAAGUGGACGUCAAGAAAAUAAUAUCGUUUCAACUGGUGUGCCUAAUUUGGCCAUGCAAGUUGAAGUUAGAGUUGUUGAUCAAGAAACCAGCCAACUUUGUUCUCCAAACGUUAUUGGUGAGGUUUGGGUAUCUAGUCCUAGUGUUGGAAAGGGUUAUUAUGGAAAGAAGGAGAUAAGCGAAGACACAUUCAAUGCAAAGUUGGGCAAUAACGACCACGGUAAUUGGGUUACUGAUAGUGGAAGUUUCUUAAGGACCGGUGACCUUGGAUUCCUACAUAAUGGGGAACUCUUUAUUACAGGACGCCAAAAGGAUGUGAUUAUUAUCAAUGGUAAGAAUCAUUACCCACAGGACAUCGAAUUGACAGUUCAACAAUGUCAUAAUGAUAUUCGACCUGGAUGCAUUUGCGCAAUCAAUCAUUCCGAUGCCGAAAAUGGCACAGAGUCGCUUGUCGUCCUCGUUGAGAUCAGACAACAAAAGGUGAUUCAACAAGAGACCUUACAAGAAAUUUGUGAUUGCAUCUCACGAGCCGUUCCAGGAAUCCAUGGUCUUCCAUGUCAACGCAUUGUACUAUUAAAGCAACAUAGUUUGCCAAAGACGACUAGCGGAAAACUUCAACGCUCCAAGGCAAAGGAUAUGUUAUUUGGUGGCCUAAUGGAUAAAAAGAUUCUUAUCAAUAUCGGAGAAGAAUCCAAUGAAGUUCCUUCCAAAUCACGCAGCAGAAAUGUAAAAUUUUGUCCACAAGCACCUAUAGUGGACUUGAAAUCAAUUGAACGAAAAAUAUGCGUUCAUGUUCACCGAAUUUCUAAAUUGGCAGCCAAGAAACCAGUUAGUGAAAUCGAUAUUCAAGCCAAUUUAAUCACGUCUUACGGGUUCGAUUCACUCGGAGCUGUGCAAUUAACGGCCUGUCUCAAAGAAGAAUUUGGCAUUGAAGUCGCUCCUGCUCUUUUGAUGGAUUUACCAACAAUCUCUGGAUUGGCUGGACAUGUAUUAAAACAGUUACCUCCUCCUUCAAACAUCGCCAGUCAUGUGCACGCCAUUUCAAAAGUGGCAGGAAAGAUCCCCAAAAAUCAACUAAAUGUCAACGCCAAUCUCAUUACUGACUAUGGAUUCGAUUCAUUAGCCGCUGUACAGUUGACUGCUUCAAUGAAGCAAAGUUUCGGUGUUGAGAUUGCCCCCGCCUUAUUAUAUGAUGUGCAUACUAUUGCAGAUUUAAGUGGGCAUGUUAAAAAACUGCUCCCAAAAAUUAAAAAGAAACAAAAAAUUCGUUCCGUUACUUCAAAAAUUUCUCAAAAAGUUAUAACAAUCGAAGAUGAUGGAAAAGAAGCUCCAAUAGUAGUUCCCUUAGCCCCAAAGAAUGUUGUCAAUAAACACAACGCACCACUUUAUUGCAUACAUCCAUUAUUGGGUAAUGUAGCAAGUUAUGUCUUUCUCGCAAAGAAUCUCGGGAUUUCCCGACCAGUGUAUGGUAUUCAAGCUCCUAGUGAUGUUGAAGCUGACAUAAAAACCUUAGCUCGAAGAUACGUACGCGCGAUUCAAUUACAUCAGCAGACCCAACCAUAUUAUUUAUGUGGAUAUUCUUAUGGUGGGUUACUUGCCUGGGAAAUGGCAAGAAUAUUACAAGAACUUGGAGCAAAAGUUGGUGGACUUUACCUUAUUGAUGCGCCUGCCCCACUUCAAAAAAGCGUUAGCAGAAUAUCAUUGGAUGGUGAGGAACCACAUCUUCUUUGGAAAGAUGAAAUUGAAAAAUUAUUAAAUGAUGUCGACUCUCAAUGGAUGAUUCGAUCGGAAAAUGAAGAUCCUGCUAAAAUAGAAGUGUUCAAGAGACAAGUUGGAACUUUAAUCGCUUCGAUGUAUGCAUAUACAUCAGAUCUUACAACUAUCGAAUCAGUUCAACAAUUCCCAAUCCAUUAUUGGAGGGCAAAGGAUUACGCAGGAAAAACGAGCUCAUUACUCCUUGAUCAUCCAUUAUUUCAUGAACCGAACUUUGGUUGGGAACAUUACCGAGGAGAAAUCAUAUUCCACCGAAGUAUACCAGGUCAUCAUUACAACGUAUUACGUGAGGAAACAUCCGGACGGUUGGCCAGAGAACUUGAGACAAAUAUGCCAAAUCAAAGUAGAAGAGGCAGCAUGGAUCUUAGACCGCUAAUGUUAGAGAAACUUGCUACAUCAUCACGAAAAAGUUCAACUUUUCCAUUGUUCCGUUCAAAUUCAAAAUCAAAGAAUAUGGCCGAAUUAGUAAUGAAUACACAAGUACCAUUACCCAUAGUGCUAGUGGUCUUAUUAUUCUUAAUUUUUACUGUUACCGUUACUCAUCUUAAACAAAAAUCAAUCGUAGCGGUGCAUCAUGUUCCGACAUUGGCAAGUUUGUUAGGAAAGAUUCUUCCAAACACGACGAUAUUAUAUCAAGAUGAUUUUUUCAAGAACGAUGACGAAAUCCCAACUGAUCCGGUGACCAAACUUCCAAAUUGGGAUUGUCAAGGGGCAAUAGAUUUCGAUUCAUUCGUAAAAACGCUUCGUCAUUUACGUAAAACUGGUAUUCUUCCACCAACGUUCGUUUCUAAAGAAAGUAAAAAUAACCGUAAUGAGGUUGGAUCUGCCGAAAUAAAUAACUUGGUUAACGAAUUAUCCGAACGAGUUAUGAAUCUAUUAAAAGAAAAUGGUGAAAAGAAGGAUGAAUGGAGUUUUUUGUUCGUUGAUGGGUUUUUGUUAUAUGUCGAUCAAGACGUUAUCAAUGAAUUGGAUAUUAAAUUAUUCGUUAAAACGAAACGUGAAAUUUUAAAACGACGAAGAGAAGCUAGAUCGGGUUAUGUCACCAUAGAAGGUUUUUGGGAAGACCCACCAAAUUAUUUUGAAAAUAUAGUUUGGCCAAAUUAUGUCCAAGCCAAUAAGCAUAUAUUAAUGCAAUCGGGAGAUUUAGAAAAGGAUGAAAAUUUAGUGUCUAAAAUAAUUAAUGAUGAUUUAAUUAUAUUAGAAUCCGAUGACGUUUCAAUGUUGACUAAAAACAUUGAAACAUCAGUAAUGAAAGUUUUAGAUCAUAUUAAGAAAAAAAUUAUCAAGGAAAAUCAUGUGUUGAUCUCGGAAACUCCGUCCGCACGAGAUUACAUCGAUAUAAUGGUGGAAAUUAAAAAGCUCGGAUUAUUUAGCAACUUUGAAGAGCAUACGCCAACAAUUGUGGUCUUUGGUGAUCAAUCAAGCGGUAAAAGUUCUGUCUUGCAUAGAUUAACUGGUGGUUUACCAAUUCCAAGAGGAUCUACAAAAUGCACGGCAACACCUUUUGAAAUACGUAUGCUGCAAUCCGAAGAAUCAGUCAGUAAAGUUUCUCUGCGGUACAUCGAAGAUAAAAACCGUAAAACUGUGGUAUCAAAAGAAGUUGAAUUUUGUAACUUAUUAGGCUUGAGCGAGUCUGAAGUCGAAGCGAAAUUGCGUGAAGCUCAACGUUAUGUACAAAAUCCAAGUAUUACUGACAUUAAAAAUGGACGAUUGCCACCCACGGAUUCUGAUGAGUUGGCUUUUACAAAAAAUGCUGUAUGCGUUACAAUUAGUGAACCGGAUCAAUCUUAUAGUUUAUCCAUGGUUGAUUUACCGGGAAUCGUACGAAACCACGAAGAACAUGAAAAUUUCGUAUUAUCCUUGGUAAAAGAAUAUAUCAAGAAAGAAUCGGCAAUUUUGCUCCCAAUCUUUCAGGCAACCUCGGACAUAGCCACGCAAUGUGCAUGGCGUCUUGCACGUGAAGCAGAUCCAAGUGGCAAACGUACAGUAGGUGUUUUGACAAAAAUCGAUCGUAUCAUCGAUUAUUCGCAUGAUGACGAAAAACACGUUGAACUCGCCACUCUAGUAAAAGGCAAAGGAGAGCAUCAAAUUACAAAUGGUGUUUAUAUUAUAAGGAAUCCUACCAUUGGGGAUAGUCAUAACCCAGAUGAACUGGAAGCCAUAACCAUUAGGACUCUUAAACAACAUAAAAUUUGGAGGGAGGUACCGGCUAAUAGAUUUGGCUUGCAAAAUUUGAUCAAUAAAUUAAGUGAAUUACAAGGUCAGGCUCAUGAACGGUCAUGGCCACACAUCCGUCCCCUUUUGGAAGAAUGUAGAGAUGAUUUUGAAGAAAAAUUAAGGAGUCUUCCACAUAAACCUGGUGGAAAUCCAAUUAUCCGUUUCUUGGAAUUAAUUGGUUCAUUCGACAAAUUAUUCACUUCUCACGCGAAUGCCGAACAUAUGGAUCAUAGGUUGUAUCGUGGGCAGCAAUGGAACUUUGGUCAAUUCGAUCAAGCAUUAUUGAAUACUCGUCCAAUAUAUAAACUUACGUUUGACGGUGAGGUAAAAAACACUGAAACGUUUGAUCCCAUAAGACCUGGUGCGUUGCAAUAUCGUGGAUGGACGAAAAAUUUAAGAGAUGAAAUUACAGCUGACAAUUGGGGUGAGUUGAACAAGAAAGACGAAAAUGAUUAUAUAUGGAAUUUAGAACAACUUUGUGAAGUCGUACAAGGAAGCCAAGGUGGCCAAUUGAAUUUGGAUGAUUCAUCCCAAAAAUUAAUUGAAGAAAUCAAAAGCUCUAGGAUUUCAACAGAGAUGCCAUCAACGGCAACUCUAUCCAUGAUGUUGAUUAUUAAAAAUCAAUACCUAGACAAAUUAAUUGGGGUGGUUCCUAAAUUUGAGGAUUCUACAAAUCAAACCAUAUUAAGAGCUACCGUCGUACCACGUGUAGUAGAAUAUUACCUUGUACAUCAAUUUGCCAUCCGUCUAGGAAUGCAUUUACGUCAACAUUUCAGACUAUUGGGAUCAGAUCCGGAACCUUCGGAGUCACCAGAAAAUCCCGAACAUAUAGACUUGAAGAAUUUAUUAGGUGAAGACCCAUUGUGCGCAAAGAAUCGUGAAGAAUGGGAAAAUAAUAGUGCCGUACUUAGUAGUAUCAUUGAUAGGGUUCGAAAAGCUUCUGUAAGAAAUCAUCAAGGUACUACUAAUGGUCAUCGUAGAAGUCGUAGAUAA